UUUCUACUGUUGUCUUUAUUUUACAGAACAACGACAUGUAAAUGGUUAUUUCAAUCCACCGAUGCCAGUUCUAGGAUAACAUUUGAAGUCACCAGUGUUUAUGUUGAUUGUGGGGACACAUUAAAGUUUUAUGACGGGACAUCGUCCAGUGCUAGUGCCAUUGGAGGCUCUGUGUGUUGUUCUUCGUCCUCCAGUUGUGGUUCCAGUAAACCCCCAGCAACAACCACCGGGAGUAACCUCUUUCUACAGCUGGAUUCAGACGGGACUGCCAAUUCUUACGAAUCCGGGUUUACAGUUACUGUUGUCGUCGGAAAAGAUGAAUCAAAUUGUACGGCUACUGGAACAUUUAACAUUAAUCUUGCCUCAUCACUGACCUUGACCUCACCGGACUUCCCCGCCAAUUACCCCACAAGUCGUAACUGUACAUACACAUACACAUAUUCAAGCGGAAAUGUUCAGUUUGAGUUCAUAUAUAUGAAGGUGGAGCUCGACACCGGGACUUGCUAUGAUUUUGUAGAAAUCUAUAAUGGGCCCUCGACUAGUUCCCCUGUCAUUGCCAAAGUUUGUGGAGAUACCGUCCCGGUACAGAAUACCUAUGCCUCUUCUGGAACAUCUUUGACAAUCAAAUUCAGCAGUGACGGCCAGGUGACAAAAAAAGGAUUUCUGGCUCGAGUGACACGUAUCGAUCAAAAUGCGAUAUCCAGUAGUGGUACUACAGGGAUCACCUCUACUGCUUAUAUAACAACAAGUACUACUAACGCAGUUACGGCUGACACGAACGAACCCUCCACCUUUAGUGAUUCAAGCACUACAACGGAAACUAGUACGCAACAAAAAUAUAAAACAACCACUUAUGUCGAGAAAGAUACAAGUCAACAUUAUGAUGAUACCACCACGUAUGUUAACACAGACAAACCAUCUCCACAUAUUGAUGAUACCACCAUAGCCACGGAUAAAUACGAAGAAACAACUACUCAGGUAGAUGUUGAGACCACUUCGAGUCUCCAGACAGAGUCGACUACUAAUGUGAUAACUCUACAGUCAACUACAGUUAAAGAAGACACAACAGAGAGGGUAACAUCACAAACAACAGCAGUAGUAGAAGAAACAACAGAGAGGGUGACAUCACAAACAACAUCUGUAGUAGGCAAUAACAGUCCGUCUGUAGCUGACAGUAAUGGUACUAAUGGAGGAGUAAUCGCUGCAGGCGUCAUAGUGGCAUUGGUUGCAAUUGCCUUAUUUGUGGCGGGGGGUUUCAUUUUCUUUAAGAAGAAACAAAGUCGGUCGAUUAAUAUUAAGGACGAAAAA